AUGGAACGGCGCACCAAGGUGAACUUCACCGACGAAGAACGCGGUGUCCUCACGGACCUUAUCAGCAAAUACCGUGCGGUACUGGAGAACAAAAAGACGGACGCUGUGUCGCUUCACAAAAAGCAGAAAACAUGGGAGCAGCUCGCGAUUGAUUUCAACAGUCGACAAAAUGUGAAUCCCCGUACGGCGAAGCAGCUAAAGAAGUGCUGGGAUAAUUUAAAAGAAAAGUGGCGCUGUGCCAAGGCCGACGACACGCGCGAAGUGUUCAAGACAGGAGGUGGCACGCCUGCUGAAAGCUCCAUGAAUCAGGAACUGCAGAGGGUUGGAGCGGUCGCAUCACACAUGGCCACGUGGCUCACGAAUCCCUUUGACAGUGACCGUGCUGGCCAUGUGACACCUGUCACCCCGUACACGCCAGCUGUGGCAGCCCUACUGACAGCGUCUCAGCCAGGGCAGAGCAUGGAAGGCGACGGCAAGUAUUAUUAA